AUGAAGUAUCAAAAUCCUUUAGGAGAGACCGAUCCAAAGCGAUGGCGAUUGCGAGUAGAACAUGGGCGACAGACAUGGCAUUAUUUAAAAAGUGACGAAGAAUCGGAAGAAUGGCCUCAGACGAAAGCUGACAUGUACUGGUUGGGAAUGGACGUGCCAUCAAAGACAUUUCCACCUGCAAAAACAGCUCUUGAUGCAGCCC